AUGCCAACUACUAUCGGUGCCUACACCAAGGAAGAACCCAAGUCUUCUAAAUCCCCGAUUCCGCCUGUGCUUGAACUCGACGCAUCAACCUGCACUUCAGCUGACCUUGUGUCGGCAUUGAAGGUGGCCGGUGGCGUGAUUGUUCGCAACAUUCUAACCGCAGAAGAGAUCCAGCAAAUCGAGUCUGACGUACGGCCCUGGUUAGAGCAGGAUAAGCCUUGGAAUGGAGAUUUUUUCCCGCAGGGAACACGAAGGGCAUUCGGUCUGGUUGGCAAGUCUAAGGCUUUUGCAUUACGGCUGGUCGAUCACGAGCUAUGGCUACAAGUCGUUGACGCUCUUUUGACUAGCGAAAAUCCAAAUAACUGGGUUGGAGACAAAAAUGAGGUCAGCGUCUGCAAACCCCAGCUAAAUAACACUAUUGUGUUCAGCAUUGGACCUGGCGCGCGCGACCAGAGUCUUCAUAGAGAUGACCAGAUCCACCACCAAAACCACCGCGCUGUUGCAAAGCACGAGCCUGGCCGCGACACUGGUAUCGGCUUCUUCGUUGCAGGAAAGAAGACCACUCGCCAAAAUGGUGCCACACGAUUUAUCCCAGGAUCACAUCUUUGGGAUUACGCCGAAGGACCAGCCCACGAGGACCAGACGGUUUACGCUGAAUUGAACCCCGGUGACGGAUUCAUGGUUCUCUCCGGAUGUUUCCACGGUGGGAGUGCAAACAAGACGGAAAAUGAAGAGAGAUUGGUUUACUCGUGCUUUUACACUAGGAGCUGGUUGAGACAAGAGGAAAAUCAAUACUUGGCUAAUGACAAGACAAAAAUACUUGAGCUACCAAACUGCUUGCAAGAACGUGUAGGAUGGGGGCUGUCAACACCGUUCUUAGGCUAG